AUGUCACAGGGUUUAAUAGAAACGACAACAAUAGUUGAGACAAGAGAGCUAGGUCAUCAAAUCCAUGCAUCUUUACUUGAACAAUUGAAGUUGCAACAGGAAGAGUUGCUACAACAACAACGUGACUUGUUUUUCCAAGAACAACAGUUACAACAACAAGCAAACCAUCCAGUUUCCAAUAAUGGUAAUACUUGGAGUUUUACUCAAGGGUUAGUAAUUGGACAAAUUAGUGUAAUAUUUAUUAUAAUUGUAUUUGUCAAGUUUUUUGUUUUUGCUGAUUCUUCAUCACAUAUUCCCACAAAACCUGGUCUUGAUGGUGCCACAGGCGUAAUCGUAAAGCGUAAUAAAAAGAAGCAACAUUUGAACGGACAAUUUGCUAAUGACGAUGGAAACGAGGAUGACAUAUCUUUGAAUAGCAAUGAACUGAAGAUAUCAUCAAUUUUGGAAAAGACCUAUUACGAUGUCAAUAAUCAUGCUCUGGAGUCAUUGGAUUGGUUCAAUGUUUUAGUGGCUCAAACGAUUUCUCAAUUAAGAAGUGAGGCAUUAUUAAAAGAUAACAUUUACCAUUCCUUAAACAAUUUUUUAACCAAUGCAAAAUUACCUGAUUUUAUUGAUACUAUAAAUUUAACUGAAAUUGACAUUGGUGAUGAUUUCCCAAUCUUUUCAAAUUGUCGAAUAAAAUAUGGAGAGGACUUGAAAAGAUUGGAAGCAAAGAUUGAUGUUGAUUUAUCAGAUACAUUGACUUUAGGAAUAGCUACCAAAUUGUUGUUAAAUCAACCAAGACCAUUGACGGCAGUUUUACCUGUGAGUUUGACUGUUUCAAUUGUGAGGUUUUCUGGCUGUUUAACUGUGUCUUUGAUAAAUACAAAAGAUAUUGAUUUGAAGAACUUCAAUAAAGCAAGUAAUAUGAAUGGGUAUAGUAAGGAGAAUGGUAGUGCAGACAGUGCGAGCGACAAUGAUGAAGAUGAAGAUGAUGGUGGUACUGCAUUAAUGUUUUCUUUUUCCCCAGAUUAUAGAUUAGAAUUUAUUGUCAAGUCUUUGAUUGGAUCAAGAGCAAAAUUACAGGAUGUUCCUAAGAUUUCUUCAUUGAUAGAGAAUCAGUUAAGGACCUGGUUUAUUGAAAGAUGUGUAGAACCAAGAUUUCAGGUAGUAAGACUACCUUCGUUAUGGCCGAGAACUAAAAAUACCAGAGAACCUGUUAUUAAAAAAACACCAACAACAUCCACAACUAUCAACGGUACAAGUGCAGCUACUGUCACUACACCAGGUGAAUUUGUAAAUAGCAAUAUAUGA